UUAAUCCUCCAUCGCAUUGUUUACAUCACGUACAUCAGCAGAAGUGCCAGCAAGCCAGCAGAAAAUCGUUUCCGCAGCUGGAUUUUUAAAUUUUUAUUUCAUUCCGGAAAUAAUCGAUACGACGCGUACGAGUAGGAAAAUCGAACAAACCAUCAAGGCCAAUGAACCUGCAGGUAUUUCUGCUGCUAGCCGGGACCGUCCUGGGUCUUUCGGUGGCGGCCACAACCCACAAGCACUCGCACACUGCCGGCGGAGGGGCCAAGGAGCGCCUCGAGGAUGGAAGCUACGCCCCGCGGGAUUCGCACCACAUGGACGGGAUAGGCGAGCACCACUCCGAGUUUGACCACGAGGCAAUUUUGGGCAGUGUGAAGGAGGCGGAAGAGUUUGACAAUCUGUCGCCGGAAGAGUCGAAGAAGCGGCUGGCCGUGCUGGUCACCCGGAUGGACUUGAACCAUGACGAGUUUGUCGACAGGCAUGAGUUGAAGGCGUGGAUUUUGAGGUCGUUCAAGAGUUUGGCGGAGGAGGAAUCUGCGGAUAGGUUUGAGGACAUUGAUACCAACGGGGACGACAUCAUCACCUGGGAGGAAUACUACGCGGAUACUUACGGGAUGGAGAGUGACGACGAUGAGGACGGCGAGCGGCAGUUUGAUCCGACCAAGGAGGAGGAGAAGAAGCUGAUUGCCGACGACAAGGAAAUGUUCGAGGCCGCCGACGAAAACAAGGACGGAAAGCUGGACUCGGCGGAGUUUGUCCUGUUCAUGUCGCCGGAGGAGUUCCCGCAGAUGUUUUCCGUGGUGCUGAAGCAAACCUUGCGCAAUAAGGACGCGAACGGGGACGGCAAGAUUGACUUCCAAGAGUACGCCGCGGAGCAGUCUCGCAACCAUGACAAGGAGUGGCUGAUAACGGAGAAGGACCGGUUUGACAACGAUUAUGACAAGGACGGUGAUGGCUAUCUGAACGGGAAUGAAAUUCUGUCCUGGAUUUUGCCUAGCAAUGACGAAGUGGCAGAGGACGAAGUGGGCCACCUCUUUGCGUCCACAGACGACAACCACGACGAUCGUCUCUCGUACAAGGAAAUCAUCGACAACUACGACAUCUUUGUGGGCAGCGAAGCCACCGAUUACGGUGAUCAUCUGCAGAACAUUCACCACUUUGAUGACGAGCUGUAAUUGUAAGUAUUUUGUAUUGUCGCCCCUUUUGAGCAAAUUGCAUGUGGUACAAACGACGCGCGCGCGUUGGCUUCAAUUUAAAUUCGUCUAGUCCCACUCUUCUGCCAACAACGCAACGCGCACUAUAAUCUAACGAACAAAUUUUCUGAUGGCCAUCAAACAGACAGGAAUCUCGCGAACACAAACACACAAAUUAGUCAGUAGAGCCCAACACAACUUCUCUUCUUCAAGAUCGAAUCAAGAGGCUUCGAUUUCGUGCAUUUACUAGAAAGGUCAAUUUCGGAAGAGUCUUAAGAAAUAUCCGGUAGCUUUUAUGUAUGGUACCUGCGAUUAUCAGCUAGGUAUUUAACAAAUUAACCAAUAACUAAUUUCUUGUAACCAAUC